AAUUAGUGCCAGCGAAUCGGUCGGGGAGGAGCCGCCUUACAGUCGCCAAGUAACACUUGCAGCCUCGACGAAUCGACAGCAAGGGCCUGAAACGGAUCGAAGAUGCCCGUGAGGAGUGAAAGAGGCGAAACAACGCGACGCUCCUGCGAUUUCUUCUCCGAAUGAUGAUGUCCGGCGGUUGUUUUAGCAAAGAUGUCGCCGGAAAGUUGCUGUUGCCGUCGUUUGUUCCCCAGCGCCCGCUUCACGGCGUGAGAGCGCGCUAAGCGUCUCUUCGCUCGAUCUUUCGCGUCAUUCGGCGUGUUUAUCGGGAUGAACUGAAAGUCGCCAGCCAUUGCUUGCUAAUAAGCUAAUAAGCUAAUAACAUUAGGAGAGCGCAGCACUUCACUGGGACUUGUGUAAGACUAAAGUCGAGAAUCGCGGCAACUUGCUUAGAAAUCCUGGUUUUGAUCUACGCUAGUCCGCUUUAGGAACAACCUCAUUUCCUCUUUGGGAAGGAACUCCUUACAUCUCCAGAUUUCUCAUCUUCUUUCUCAGCCUCGGCGACUUUGUCUCCGACUCAGAUUCAGCGGUAUAUCAACCUGGUACAGUCUGCCCAUUAUGGAGGCGCUCACUCCGCAGCAGAGCAACAGCCUUCACAUCUCCUCUCUAAACCAUGUCAGAAACACGCCUCUUCAAGCCCAUGAAAAUCGGUAACAUCCAGGUCCAGCAUCGGAUCGGGAUGGCACCCCUGACUCGUCUUCGAGCUACAGUUGACCGUGUACCUACCCCGAUGAUGAAGGAGUACUACAGCCAACGAGCCUCGGUACCUGGUACUCUGAUCAUCACAGAGGGAACGAUGGUCUCUCACGCAGCGGCCGGUGGUUUCCCGCAAGCGCCUGGAAUUUGGCGCGACGACCAGAUUACCGCCUGGAAAACAAUCACCGACGAAGUCCACAGAAAAGGGUGCUUCAUCUUUGUCCAGUUGUUCGCUUUUGGCCGGGCAGCGGUCACGGAAGUGGCGGAGGCAGAAGGUGUUGAGAUCGUGGCACCCAGCGCAAUCGGGAUUCCGCAGGAGGAAAUUCCCGGUGCACCCACUCCGAGGGCGAUGACCAUCGAUGAGGUCAAGCAAACGGUCAGAGAUUUUACGGUGGCAUCGAAGAACGCUAUUGCCGCAGGCUUCGACGGGGUCGAAAUCCACGGUGCGAAUGGAUACCUUCUCGACCAGUUCCUGCAGGAUACGAGCAACCAUCGCGAUGACGAGUACGGCGGAAAUGUUGAAAACCGUUCUCGCCUUCUUCACGAGGUGUUGCAUUCCGUUGUGGAAGCAAUCGGUGCUGACCGUGUCGGACUCCGUCUGAGUCCCUGGUCGAGGUUCCAGGGCAUGCGCAUGGAGGAUCCGGUUCCACAGUUCCGAGACGUCGUCGACCGAGCCAGCCUGUUUGACCUCGCGUACUUGCACCUGGUGGAGUCCCGGAUAUUUGGUGCCGGCGACUAUGCCAGGAGCGAAACCGAGACGCUCGACUUUGUAUACGAGAGGUGGAAUGGCCCGAUUCUCGUGGCGGGUGGGUAUGGAGCUGCCGAGGCCCGUUGGCUUGUUGAUGAGGAGCACCCGGAUAAGGACAUCAUGGUCAUUUUCGGACGGCAUUUCAUUUCAAACCCGGAUCUCGUGUAUAGGAUUCAGAAGGGCCUGGAGCUUGGCAAAUACGACCGCACAACGUUUUACAGUUCUGGUUCCCCAGUCGGCUACGUCGAUUAUCCUUUCAGUCUGGAGUAUCUGGCAGUCGAGGGGCGCUAGUCUGGGUUAGAACGAGAUGCGAUCGACAACCAGACACUCGCGCCAUGUCAAUCCCUCAUUGGAACCUAAGGCAACGUGGGAAUGGAACUUGGAUUUCCAUCAGUCAGUCAUCUUUUGUAUGGGGGAAACUUGUAGUACAUGUGAUGUGAAUUUUCAGCAGGGCCACAGUUCUGUAAUAGAUAUAAGAAAUAGACAUUUUAUCAGAAGAUCCAGUGCUCCAAACUCCCGCCUCAGCCGAUGUAUCGUCAAG